UAAACCUUCCACGCUUGGAUUGCUGUUGCUGCGAUCAAAACGACAGCAACGAUUUUCUGGCCGAAUCUUCUCUCCCGAUCAAUCAACCAGCGCCGCUGAAUUCUCACUUAAUGGCACUUUCAUGCCGUGACACACUACGCCUUAUCUUCCAGAGACUCACCGUGGCCGAUCUAGCGCGUGCGAGCUGCGUUUGCAGAGUUUGGAACUCCGUCGCCACAGAGAACGAUCUGGUGGCGUUUGCUUUCAUAGCGCCAUGGGGGAUCAAGGAACUUGUGGGGAAACCGGCUUCAGGCGCGUUCUGGAGAGAUAACGGAAUCUGGAAAUUCGCCAUCUCUCAUCGGAUCAGUCGUGGUGAUAGCGUCACUAGCCUCGCCGUUAAGUAUUCCGUUCAGGUUAUGGAGAUAAAGCGACUAAACAACAUGAUGAGCGACCAUGGGAUUUACUCAAGAGACAGACUGCUUAUUCCGAUAAGCAAUCCUGAAAUUCUCGUUAACACCACCUGCUUCGUUGAGGUAGACAAGCACGCCAAACGCGAAGUAGCAGUGCUUUACCUCGAAGGUGGACCAAAGAGAGAAGAAUCUGCAUCUGGUUUGAAUCAUCUCUCCACUCCAUCUCCCCAUGGAAAGCGGAGGCUGAUUGAAUCUCUAAGGAGAAGCAUGCAAGUCGAUGAUGAAACUGCCCUAUAUUACUUGGCUAUCGCUGAAGGAGAUCCAAGAUCCGCAUUGUCUGAGUUCUCCGCUGAUCUCACCUGGGAGAGGCAAGCUGGUCUUAACUAGGCUUGGCAAAGUAAAGCUCUUGUAGCUCUAGUAUAUAAGAGUCGAAAGGAGAUUAAUAUAGCUUUGUCUGCUUCGUGUGCUUCCGAACCUCACUCAAGUCCAGAUAUAUAGUAAUAUCUGUUUGGUACCUUGAAUUACUCUGUCUUCCUAUAAACAACAUACAUUAAACUAUGUUAGUACUAAUUAGUACAUAUAUACAUUCAAUUAGGUUCGUAUAUAAGCAUAUGCCUAUCAGUUUACUGUUUCUUCAGGAGAGAAGAACAAAUUUUAUGUUUGGUAUUCGAUAAAAGUCUGUUAAGUUUGUAUCAAGGAACUCCCGACCCUCUUUCUUUCAGUCGCUCUCUCGUUGUAACAGAAAGAAUACUGGAUAAUACCUAAAAGAGAAAUCCAAAUCCC